UGGUUUGUGUUCUCUCAACGAAAGCAAAGUGAAUAGAAAGUAGAAUAGAAAAACUAUCCAUUCCACACAUCUAGAAAGAGUCAAGACUAUAAAAUGGCCAGCAGCACUCCACUAAUUAUGCGCAUCAUGGCAUUGUCCAUCAACACGGCGAAACGCGCCGGCGGUAUCAUACGCGACGUUCUGAAACAGGGAGAUCUCGGCAUUGUGGACAAAGGCAUGAAUGAUCCACAAACGGAGGCAGAUCGUUCUGCCCAACGUUGCAUCAUUGCCUCGUUAGCGAAGAAGUUCCCCAGCAUUCAAAUCAUUGGCGAGGAGGGUGGCUCCGAUUUGAAUGUGUGUGCUGAUUGGUUGGUCGGUGAACUGGACGAAGCAUUCCUGAAACAAAACUGCCCAACUGACUGGCAACAUGCACAGCCCGAAGAUUUUGUGAUUUGGGUGGAUCCCUUAGACGGCACUGCCGAAUACACACAAGGCCAUGUGGAACAUGUCACUGUUCUCAUUGGUAUCGCCAUAAAGAACUCGGCUGUUGGUGGCAUUAUUCAUCAGCCAUUUUAUAAGCAAUCCAGCGGUGAGCUCGGGCGCACAAUUUGGGGCCUUAAGGGUCUGGGCACUGGAGGAUUUACAAGUGUGAAGCCGCCAGCUGGUGAAUUCAUCAUCACUACCACACGCUCACAUUCCAAUGCGCUGCAUCAGAGGGCUGUCGAUGUGUUCAAUGCCAGUAAAGUACUUAAGGUGGGCGGCGCAGGCUUCAAGGUGCUCCAGCUGCUGGAGGGCAAGGCACAUGCCUAUGUAUUUGCCACGCCAGGCUGCAAAAAGUGGGACACCUGUGCACCGGAGGCGGUGCUGGAAGCAAACGGCGGCACCCUAACCAAUAUCAAUGGCGAACACUAUGAAUACAAUGCGGAUGUGGAACAUGUGAAUCGCCGGGGAGUUCUCGCCAGCUCAGGAGAUAAUCACACAGAGCUGGUGGAGAAGAUUCCGAUUGAAGUGCGUCAAGCAGUGGGCACCGUGUAAAAACUAAAAAAAAUCCAAUCCGUAUUUGUUCAAAGUUUAUUAGUUUACAUUUAUAAUUUACGUGAUAACACAAAAAAUUUAGGUGCGUAUUGUGAAUUUAUAAAAAGGGAAUAUACAUGUUAAAACUGUCGGCAGACAUCAUUAAAAACGUGAAUGUGAA